AUGUGGCUCUCUGCGUCACUUCGGUCCUGUCAGUCUUCGCCUUUCCUCUCCACCUCUCUGCACCAGUGCAUGUUUGGCUCCUACCGGAGAAAAGCCACUCGCAUUUUGCACACGGUCCCCUUCUUGCAAAAGCUUGGUGUGACUUGUGAUGGCGGCCACGACCAUGAGCCGUGGCGAUCCCCUGCACAAAAUCGCCUGAAGGAUGCCGGCUUGCCGCCUCUCUUGUGCAAGACUUUUGCCCAGGCACUUGUUGAUCAGCUCGUUGCGUGCGGUGCGCGCGCUCCGGCGUGCUCUCUUGCAAAUGCUUCCUUGUCGCUCUCCAUGGGCGCCCGUGUUGCUACAGCGACGCAACCAUCGGGUCGCAAGAUCCCUCCACUGGUUCCUGAGUUCGCCCGCACAGUGUCAAGUUGGCAGGUCCAGCCGAUCAGCUGCCGUGCACCUCAAAGACCAAGCUGGUCUCGGCGUGGGCGGUUCCCAAUACUGUCUUCUGCCAACCUUUCCUUGCAACUUUGCCGCCAGGUUCCAAGUGUCUCCGAGCCAGCCCUGUGGUUCCAGGGGGCCUGCAAAGCGAAACACCCGCGCUCCUUGGACCAAGGCGUGCCAGCCGGCAUGUCGGCAUGUAUUGAGCGCUUGUGUGAGCACAGCUCGGUCGAUGUGGCGAGGGAACGAACGGCCGAACUUCGCAAGUGGAUGCUUAGGAAGAAAGAGCUUGAUGAGAGUUUUGAUGGACCUGAGCACUGCAAGAAGAUCUUAGCUGGAAAGCCUAUGAAGCUCUUCGGGGAGAUGGUCAAGGCUGCCGGACAUGCUGAUGUUAACUGGUACGAGAUAUACAGAACGGACGUAAGAAUCGCCACCCCGGCGAACCAGCGUGCGAUUUGGGAGGCUUCCCGUACUUGCAGGGAUCCGGAAAUCACUUCUGAAGUGUAUCGCCUUACCCUGGAGGAGCGGGAUAAAGGGUGGCUGACUGGCCCCUUUACUCUCGCCGAUGUGCCGGAGACUGCCAUCGUUACCCGCCGCUUUGGCGUCAGGCAAGGUCUGACGACGACGGCCACCGGUGUAGCGGCUAAGAUCCGUCCUAUCGACGACUUCACAGAAAGCUUGGCUAACUUGUCGUGCACAUGUGCGGAAACCAUCGACCCGCAUUCAGUGAACAUCAUUGUGGCUAGGAAGCGCGAGCUUGUGUCCACCAUCGAGUCAAUCGUGCAGCAAGGUGGAGCGCAUGCCAGAGAGCUUGAGUGCUUGCGUGGGCGCCUUCAGUUCGCUGAGUCGCAGGUGUUUGGUCGUGGUGCGGCCCAGCGCAUGCGAGCUAUAUCAAAAGCAAUGAAGCUUUCAGGCUUUGUGGUUCUUGACGACUCCUUGACCGAGGCCCUGCUUUUCUUGAAAGAUCGAGUGCUGCACGGGGAAGCAAGGAUGAUCAGGGCCUGUGAUCGCCCCACCUACCACUUGUUCACGGACGCUUCCUAUGAAGCGGAUAUGCCGGCCGGUCUAGGGGGCAUCCUUUACAGCGAUGGGGGUUUGCUCCUUAGGUGGUACUCCGAGUCUGCCGACACAGACGUUUUAGAGGCCAUAAACCAAGAGGGCAAACAAGGUCUGAUCUAUGAGUUGGAAGCUUGUGCAGCUGUGCAAGGCGUCAUGCAGCUUUGCAAUUCCUUGAAUGAUUGCAACCUCAUUUGCUAUUGCGAUAAUGAGGCCGCCCUUGCGGCCCUCAUAAAAUGUGCUUCUGAAUCUCCGGUGGUAGCAUCGCAGCUCAACAAGCUCAGCAUGCUUGAGGACGAGAAGGGAAUCAGCAUAUGGUUUGAAAGAGUGGAGUCGUCUGCAAACCCUGCCGACGAUCCUUCGCGCUUUGUGCUUAGCGAGCUUCCUGUCAACUUCAGAGUCCGUUGGAUCCCAGGCGAAGAGCUGUUGUUCUAA